GACUCAUUAAGUAUCUCCAAGAAAUCCUUGAUAGAGAAUUUCCUGCGUGUACUCUUGGUGCUAAAUUUCAAAAGAUGUGAAGGAUCUAGGUUACAUAGUUCAACAGACCUGUUAUUGGAUUCAGAAGAUGAUCAAGUUGGUGAUUUUGUGACUCCAGUCCCACACAACGUAAACUGGACGCCUCAAGCUAAGCUAUUGGCCAGUGGACAAUCUCAUUCAGCUGCUGUAGUGGGCGAACAGCUGUACUCCUGGGGCCUAGAUGAAAAUGGAAGGCUAGGCUUGGGAAACACGCAACCAAACACAUCUGCAAGCCCACAGUGUAUCCAUAGCCUGCCUUACAGGGUUGUAGCUGUGUCGUGUGGCAAGCAUCACACCGUCGCUUUAACAGAUCAUGGGGUAUUCAGCUGGGGCUCAUCUCAGUUCGGUCAACUGGGACACGGGAACCAUUUGACCUGCACUAGGCCAAUGUUGGUGUCAGCAUUGCAGGGGGAGCUGUGUGUAAGCAUAACUUGUGGACAAUAUCAUUCAUUGGCCCUGUCAGCUGAUAAUAGAGUUUAUAGCUGGGGCUGGGGAGUUCACGGUCAGUUAGGAUCCGGAAGCAUUGAGGACCGCUUGACCCCAAUGGCAAUAUCUGCAUUGGAUGACUAUGGUGUAACUAUUAUCGCAGCUGGUUAUUGCCACAGCGGUGUGGUUGACCGCGAUGGGCGAGUAUGGUUGUUUGGUAAUGGAUCAUUUGGUCAGCUUGGAAGAGCAGUUAGUAAAGCCACUUCACCUAUUGAACUGAUAUCAUUAAGUAGAGAGAGGGUUAAGCUUCUAGCCUCAGGACGGUUCCACAUGGUUGCUAUUACUAAAACAGGUAAAGUGUGCACCUGGGGUAGUGAUCCUCAGACUCUACGUCAGGUGAUGCAUGUCUCACGUCGUCAUCACCGUGCCAAGGGCAAGGCUGGCCCAUGCGUCAUGGACACAAGCUACAAUUUUCCAAGGCUUGUGGAAUCCCCUGAUGGUGUUGAUUUCCAACAGUUGGAAUGCGGGCAGAACCACUGCCUAAUGGUCACUUCUUCUGGCCAGCUC